AUGGGCUCAAUUAUUGAAACUCGGGUGGCCAUUGUCACAGGAGCUACUGCAAGGCUUGACCUAGCCAAGGACUUAUGUGCAAAAGGAUGGAAUGUCGCAUGUGUAGGCCGACGUCGCAAGGCAGGAGAAGCCAUCCUGAAGGAUCUACCCGAGGGAAAAGCUCUCUUCUUCGCCGCGGAUGUCUCCAACUACGAAGAAUACGCGAAUGUAUUCAGCAAAGUGCACCAAGCGUGGGGCCGGAUUGAUGCAUUAUGUGCCAAUGCCGCGAUUGUCGAUCCUUCUUCGAUCUAUAUUCUCGGCUCGAGGAACAACAGCAUUGACGAAAUCCCACCAGUACCGGAUAUGUCCCUCGUGGACAUCAAUUACAAGGGCGUUGUGUAUGGUACUCAGCUGGCAACCCAUUUCAUGCGCCAUAAUCCGCAGCCCGGAGGUCGCAUCGUCGUCACGGGCAGUAUUGGCGCGAUCUUCCCCCACAAAUCAUACCCGGUAUACUGUGGCACCAAGGCGGCAGUGAAUCACUUCAUACGAGGUGUUGCCCCGUUGCUGAAGCAAAAAGACAACAUUCUCAUCAACUGUGUCAUGCCCGGAAUUGUGGACACGCCCAUUGUACCACGCGAGAUGAUUGCUGCUGUGUCUCCUGAAUGUACCACCCCGAUACAGACCGUGCUCCGAGGCUACGAAACAUUUCUAGAAGAUUCAACGGGUAUGACGGGCGAGCUGUUAGAAUGUUCGGCCGAAAAGCUCAUCUAUUACCAAAUGCCCGAGCCUGGAAAUGGCCACAUCACGAAGCGGGCUGUCACAGUCUGGGAGCCCCUGUUCCGCAUGAUGCAUGGUGAAAAUUCCGAGUUGCCGGACGCCAUCGCUUGA